GACUGGGAAGACGGGCCAAUGAGAAAAAUAAGAUGACAGCCUGUCUCCUAGGACAAAGAAUCCAGUGCAAGGCAGUCUCUCCUCCUGCUCAAGGGGGACAACACUGAAAAAGAAUAUGCAGGCCGCAGCUCGCACCGACGCAGAGCUCCUGUCCUCCAUGAUGCAAAAAAUCACUCUGUUGGAACAAAAAAUAGAGAAACAAGCACAAGAAAUCCAACUGAAGGAUAGGAAGAUUGCUGAGCUUGAAGAAAAGAUGAGGACUCUUCAGAAAGGAGAAGAUGAUCCUGACUCAUCCAUAGCAGAGGAACUGGAAAUUAGGUGCCUUCAGCUGCAGACCCAGGUCUGGGAGAUGGAGCGGUUUCUAAAUGACUAUGGUCUGAUUUGGGUUGGAGAGAGACAUGAACAGCUGGAAGAUUUAGAAUCACUCGAGGAUGAAGAGCUGCCAACAAGGAGCUUCUGGAAGCCAGGUGAUGCAGUUGUUUUCAAACACCGGAUUGAUUUUGAUUUAAUCUUGGAAAACGUGAAGGAUUUGAAUGUGCUGGCUGGAGAAGGCAUUUCUCAAGUCAAGCACACGCCUGGGGGUGCUCGGCUGAGACAGCCAGAACCCCUCCCUCUUACGCUGUACCAAAAUGGGAUCGUCAUGUUCAACGGACCCUUUCGGCCCUAUGAGGACCCAUCCGCACAGCAAUGCCUGCAGGAUAUUAUGGAUGGCUAUUUCCCUUCGGAGUUGCAGACGCGCUACCCAGAUGGCAUCCCUUUGCAGGUCACUGACAGAAGGGAUGUGGUAUUUCAGGAGAGAGACCUUCCAGGGAGGUUUCCUGGCCAGGGCCAAGUUGUUGGUUAUUCAAAAUCAAGUGAGGUGCAGGAAACCACCAAAAUCCCAGGUCCCAGAGUCUCCUCGGAGCAGUUUCUCAACAAGCUUUCCAAGCCUUUCAAACACGGAAGAGAAGCGAUCGGUGUUGGAGGCUCAGCCAGAGCAGCGCAGCAGGGCUCUGAUGGGGUGCGGAGCAGCAGAGAGAUCCUGGUGGAGACACCCAGGCUGUCUGCCCCGGAGAGGGUGAAGACAGCUGAAGAGACUGAAGCUUCUGCCCCUGAUGUCUGCACUCUCCGCAUCAAAUCUGAAAGCGGGGAGCAGACAUACAUCGUAAAGAUGCUGUUCAUAGAGACCAUAGGGGACCUGCGCCAACACCUCGCCCACGCCAGGGGUGGAGACUCCAACUCGUAUGAGAUCAUCAGUACCUUUCCCCAGAGGGUUUACACGGACAACUCCAGGAGCCUGCAGGAAUGCGGCCUGAUCCCCACAGCCUCUUUGCUGCUGCGGAGAAGAGAGCCCUCCCAACAAGAGGGGACAGGGCUGCAACCAGCUUAACAGCUCCUGCAAAAGCCGCUCGCCCCAAACUCUGCAAGAGGAAGGAGCUGCCUUGCACUGUUAGCUGUGUUAUAACCUCCCCUGGCUGGGAAAACAGCAGAGGGGUGUCUUUGCAGAUUUAAUUUCAUUGCGCCAUUACCAGGGAUGGAGAGAAAAGCUCAGAGGCAGCAGUUUGGUGUCUCUCUUUGGCAGAGGGUGCCAGGCCCAGUCCUGCUGCCCUGCAGGUGGAUGCUUUUCCCCAAGACAAGUGGGCUCCUAACACAGGGGUGUUUCUGCCAGCUCAAACCCAAGACCUGUUUUCUCAUCUCUGCUGAAGAUUACGCAGGCUGAUCCCUGCCCAGGGAAGGCCACCAGCUUUACACUGGUACGGGGCAGUUGCUUAGCUGGGCUCAGGGAUUCUCUACAGCAGCAGGACAGACAAACAGCUAGGGUGAAUUUGCUUUCCACACACAGCUGCUCCCCAGAGAUUUCAAGUGCACUUACACCAUCAGAGAAACGGGCUCAGUUAUAUGGUCCCUGGUGAAGCUAAACCAAAGGGCCUUGAGCCAUUGCAAUGCUGGGCCUGAGCCAGACUCAUUUCAGCCAGGAGAUCCUGCUACUGAGUUUCCUGUACGUGAACAACUCCUUCUCUUGGACAGCCCCCAGCUCCAGCGGGGCCCAGGCUCACCGCCACGCUGAGCCUGUCUGCAACGCCCUGAGCUGCCUCCCUCCCUCCACAGCCAGGAGCUGGAUGCUGCAACAGGACACCAUGUCAUUGGAGAAGAGCAUAAUCCCUCUGCUGCUUCUCUGCUGAACGCCGAGUAAAGCAUCUUCCUCCCCCUCCUGUGGGCCAGGGUUGUGCUUUGCAGGCCCCUUUCCCCAGCACAUUCUUCCCAUUUCAGCUGUGACAAGCUCCCACUUGACUCCCAGCUGAUGACACUCCCACUUGUGCGAGGCAGCACCUUCUGGCAGGUUCCCUUUUAGCUGAGGCCCUGCACAUCCUGCCACCCAGUCCUCAUUAAAGGCUCCCAAUAAAAGCAUUUAAGUUGCAUUUUCCACUCCCAUUGAGAUUUCAAAGGCACAGUUGCUAUGGAAGGGGGCAGGAUGGCCAGAGCACUUCCCAGACCCCUCCAACCAGAGCCAGAUCCUGCGCAACUCAAAUACAGGAAGUGCCAUUUGUGCAAACCAGCUUUUUCCACAGGCUCCCCGUGACCAGUGACUCAAUCUCCAUUUCCUCUUCUUUCCACCUAUAGCAGAUAUAGGUGUGUACAGGGGACCCUCCUAUAGGGCAGCCCCUUCCACUGCCCCUCUAUAUCCUGGUCUAUAACCCACCAGCAGCUCAUCUUUGUGCCAGGGGUUUGUUUUUGGCUCCCAUGUCUGGCUGAAGCUGUCCCUUCCCCAGGCUGCUGUUCUUACCACACAGAGGAGAGGAAUGCUGGAGAGAGGUACCUGUCACUACCGCACUGUAGGAUAUUCAGACAAGUCCUGUGAGCCUCUGAUUAGCGGCAGCAAUUUAAGGUGUUAAGAUCUUUGUGUCAGGCUGCAGCAGCAA